GGUCGUGGGAGGAAUCCGCGGAUUGACAGUCUUGGGAUUGAUGUUUCCCCAGGGCGUACCUCCGGGCAGAGGAUUGUUCCGAAGGAAUUUCGGAAGCUUGCCGGCUCCUAGUGUUCCCCAAUGGAAUGUGCGGUUCUGUGCCUCCUGUACUCUAGGAGGACAGGCGGCCGAUGUUAAAGUAGCGAGAGCGCUCGCCACAAAUGCUGCGCAACCCUUCAUCGUGUCUAUAAGGAGAUGGAAAAGAUAAGGAAUGUAGGACUGCUUAGCAAAUGCAAGGGAAUGCUCUCAAACUUGCUCUAUGUACCUCGUCUGCUUCUUCCCUUAGUCCCAUAUAUACCCAUGCCGUGCCUCAACGGCAAGCGUUCCGAAUUGCAUGGCCGCGAACCACGCGAAAGCAUCGCGAGAGCUACGAACUCGCUCACCGGGUAGCCUACAUCUCCCCACCUUCAAGCAAGCCAUUUCCGAAACGAACUGUGGUGCCUUGGCUAAAUGACCCGUUCAGGAUGGUAGAUGUUGUAAGCCUUACACCCUUCCUUCGGUAUGCGAGGCUCGCCGCGAUCGGGGUUUCUGCACCACCACAUCUGAGAGACCCAAUGACGCUGCAAAAGUCUGCGAGCCAGUGGAGAUCUCGUGGCAAACCGGGAAUUAUAGAUUGCGGAGCCAUGUGCGCGUUGUUAGAUUCCAGGAACGGGGCUAGUAGAAGGUUGGGCGGUGGGGAUGACGCAGGGGCCCUGGACUUUGAAUCCGAGCAUUCGGAUGGUACCUGUGAGAGUGUCUUAGUGGGAUCUUAAAAUAGACAUUCGAGUCGAUAGAGA